UAUUAGCUUUGAACAUUUAUUCAUUACAAUUAUCAUAACGAUGAUGUUCAAGAAAAGUUUAAUGAUUUUAUUAGCUUUAUCAUUUGCAUUUUCUAUGGACAUUGACGAUAGAUGUAUUCGAUGCCCAGCUGGGAAAUCUGCCAUAGUUUACCCUUGUAUGCACAAAGCUUGCAAUGACUGCAUAAUUUCCGAUGAUUCUAUUUGUCCCAUAUGCCUCAAAUCUACUAUUAAGACGUGGGACCUAGAUGCUUACAGAGAAGAACUUAAAAGUUUAAAGGCCAUUUUUAUGGAUAAAUCAAUUACUUUUGAAAAAAUCAUUUCGCAUUAUUAUUUUCUUCCACCUUGGCAAAAUGCUGAUGAACAAAUGUUGACAGACAUUCAAAAAAUUAAAAACUCAUAUCCUUUUGAAGAAAUAUAUGAGUUAUUUAACAUUUUACAAAAUGGUGGUUUUAAUUAUACUAUCGAAGAAGAUUUGAAUCUUCGUCGUAGGUUUUUUUGCGUAGAGCCUAAUAACAGAGAGAAAAUUAUAUUGCAAAGCUAUUAUAAUAGAAAUCACUAUGACGCUGAAAAAGAAUUAAAAUUACGAGAAAAAUUUUUCGAUAAUUUAGGUUUAGAACCGGAAAAACUUACCGUUAACGACUGUUGAUUAACUAAGUAUAUAUUUUUAUAUUUAAUUGUAAAUAAAAAUUAAUUUUUCGAUUA